GCGGAGACCGGAAGACGGAGGCUGCGGCCCAUCCAAUGUGUGGGCAGUGAUAAACGAUUUCAUAUGUGUAACGAAGAGGAUUGUCCACCUGAGGCCGGUGACUUUCGGGCAGAGCAGUGCGCUAGCUUCAACGAGAAGCCCUACAAAGACCGUCUGUAUCGCUGGCGUCCUCACUACAGCACCAAGCGGCCGUGCUCGCUGACCUGCGGCCCCGAGAACGCCUCGUUCUACGUCACUCUGCGGCGACGGGUCAUAGACGGGACUCGCUGCAGUCCUGACGGGGGCACCGACCGGGCCGACCACGUCUGCGCCGCCGGCCACUGCAAGCACAUUGGCUGUGACGGCGUGGUGGGCUCGCCUCGAGUCCGGGACGCGUGCGGCGUGUGCGGCGGAGACAACAGCACCUGCCACCUCGUCUCCGGCAUAUUCACCGAGCCGCACCUGCGCGAGGGCUACCAGCUGGUUCUGCAGAUCCCGGCCGGCGCCUGCAGUAUCCGUAUUGAGGAGGUGGUGCCCACCAGAAACUACCUGGCGCUGCGAGCCGGCAACAAAGAGUUUAUCGUGAACGGCGCCUGGAACAUCGACAACUCUGGCCAAUACCAGGGCGCCGGCGCGACGUUUAUGUACCGGCGGCAGACGGACACCCAGGGGGAGACGCUGGCCGCCACCGGACCGAUCACCGAGCCCGUGGACAUAUUUCUGUUGUAUCGCCAAAUGAACCGCGGUAUCAAGUACGAGUACAUCAUCAAGCGGAACGCCUCUCUGAGCUCGGUGCUACCGCGACUGCCAAACGAUCUGCAGAGCCUUCCCCCGGCGCCGCCUCCUGCACUACCGGCGCUCCCGCAGCUCCCGGCCCGUCCGAGCGUCGUGCCCCGACCCACCGGACACAGGAACGCCGUGCCAGCGCCGGGGGUGGCCCGGCCGGCACACACCGCGCCGCGGCUCCCAGCAGCGCCGGUCGCGCCAGGUACUCGAGUCCCGGAGGUGGUCUGCGUGCGUCGGAAGAAGAAGCAGCUGGCUCCCGACAGCAAGUGUAACCCUCGCCGGCGGCCGCGCACCCGGCCCGUGCUCUGUAAUACGGCGCCCUGCCCCGUCAGCGCUGCGGCCGUCUGGCGGGCCAACGAGUGGUCGGCGUGCAGCAGCUCGUGCGGCGCCGGCCACCAGACGCGCACGUUUCUCUGUGUGCGCGCCGGACAGCCGGUGGAGGUGACCGAAUGUGUGGGCCGGCCCACCGAGCCGGAGACGCAGCCCUGUAACCCGGGACCCUGUCGGCCCGAGCUGCGCUGGCACGUCGGACGAUGGAGCGCGUGCUCUGUGAGCUGCGGCUGGGGCACCCGGACCCGCUCUGUGACCUGCACCGACCAGCUGGCCGGCUGUCCGGAGUCGGAGCGACCGCGAGACACCGCGCCGUGCCGCCGGGCCGAUUGUCCGCCCACCGAGGAGCCCGGCGGACCGGGACAGGGCGGACCGCCGCCGCCCGCCGGAUGGAUGGUCACCGACUGGACACAGCAGUGUUCGGUGGAGUGCGGCCAGGGCGUCCAGUCGCGCGGCGUGGCCUGCGGCGGUGACCCGGGGCGCUGUGACCUCUCUCAGAGACCCUCUGAUACGCGGCCCUGUAAGACAGACAGGGGCUGCGCGGGAAUCUGGUUCACCGGACCCUGGAGCCAGUGUUCCCGGGAGUGCGGUGUCGGCGGCGAGGCCACCCGGACCGUGCUCUGCGUCCGUCAGUCCGCCGGCCAGUUCUCCGUCACCGCAGACCUCUCCUGCGCCGGCUCGCCGCGGCCGGCAGCCCAGCAGCCGUGCGCCGGCGGGCCGGAGCGCCGCUGCCCGCCGCGCUGGUUCGCUGCUGACUGGGCCGAGUGCUCGGUCACCUGCGGCUCCGGUCAGCAGCGACGGGUGGUGGCCUGCGUCGGCGCCGACGGCAGACUGGCGGCCGGCUGUCCGGACGGCGAGAGACCCGAGGAGCGGCGACCCUGUCAGCAGGCAGAGUGUCCAGGCGCCGCGUUCACCACUGAGCCAGUGCCGACGCCGCCCAGCCGACCUGAGUCCUCAGCAGCCGAGCCGCCGUCCCAGCCUCGCCUGACGCCCGUGCUGGGGCCCGAGUACCACACGGUCGAGGGCUCGGACACUGAGGUGCAGCUCGGGUCGGAAGACGGUCCUCUGGGAGGUCACGUGACUGGUCUGUCUGGUGGAGACAGGUCCGGUCCGUGGGACCAUCAGCUGUGGGCUCAGACGGCUAACCAGACCGAGACGGCCCGCCCGGCCGCCGCAGAGCCGCUGGACGGGCCAGGUGUGGCGGGGCUGAGACGGCAGGAUGGUGGUAAACUGCCUGAGCCGGCGGCUCCACUGCAGGAUAGCUGGAGCUCGGGUACGAUAGAGCGACCGGUGGAGAGCGAAGUCACGUCUCCGUCUGGCGCAAAGGUUGGCUCUGAAGACGACUCAGACGGCGACUUUGGGUAUGACUCUGACGACUCAUCCUCUGCGUCAACCGACUCUACCGACUGGUCGACUCAGGGGCGAUCCAGUCAGGAGUCAGGGACUCACACCACCACCUCAGCACCCGAGGCUGUCACAGAGUCCGAGUCAGACGGCGGGGGAGCGGCUCCGGUGGACAGAGGAGGAGAGGAGGAGGAGAGGGCGGAGCGGUGACGGCUCUGGUAACAGCACUGGUGGGGAGCGGGAAGACUCCUGCACGGAUAGUCUGAGCCACUGCAGUCUGGUGCGGCGGGCCCGGCUGUGCCAGACCAGCUUCUACGCCACGUCGUGCUGCGCCUCGUGCCGGCGCCAGCGGCGGUGAUGGGACGGGGAGAGAGCCGUCCAUCCUCCGCCCGCUGCUCCUCCAUCGCCUGACUGAUCUACCGAACAUCUACCGGAGGAGAGGAGGCAGUCUACCGUCCGCGCUUUCGGCUGCCGCUUUGAGAGUGCUGUGCCGUCCGCGGAUCCGCCCGCUGUGGAGGCUGAGUCGUCUCGGGCAUAGGUCGUCUGGUCUGCAGGCUCUUCUGUGGAGUGCUACUACUUUGGUGGUGUCAGGAGUCUGUCUCAGAAUUUUGACGCUGGAGAGUACUUGUGGUAAUGCUACGGACCUGUGGCUGUCUCGUACGGGCCGAUGAGCGAGUGGCGCCAGCUGAAAUAAGUCAGUUUUGACUAAAAGUGCCAUCUGGAAUGAAAUAAAUAUUCGGUCCAGCUGCGUUACGAGGCGACUCGACUGCUAGCGCCCCUAGCGGAGGUAAUAUGAACUGCAGGCCGGUCCGGUCCGAUGCCUCUGGCUGCUGGCGCUAAUGACGCUUCAUAUAGAAACGCUUCUGCGCGUGCUUUCUUCUCUAGCAGUGCUGCCAGAACUUGGGUGAUCAGAGUGUUGAGUUCGGUUGUUGCGAGAAGAGGUGAUUCGCGUGACGCAUCUUGCUGGUCUCCAUACGAAUGUGACUGCUGUGUGGCUGCUGAGCGCGGGAUAAGAAUGCCGGUUGGAAUUGUGUGCUGAGGCCGACACCGCACUGUUAGAUGUCUGCUAUGCGUUGAUGUGUGCGCCUUGUGGCGCUCGCGUGUUAGUUUGAUGAGUCGUUGGGCCGGUUGUCGUUGAUGGUCUCGUUCUUAUCUGAUUGGCAUAUUGCGUCUUUUUCCGGCACAUCUUUGAAAAACUCCGUGGCAAUGUUUGCACCAUGUAGCAGCGUUGGUGCUGUGCCAAUAAUUACGUUCGAGCCUCUUUUGACCGCUUAUGCGGAUUUGGACUUAAUCUGUUCAUUGCCAAAUACUGUGCCGAGUAUUUAUAAACACACACACUGUGCGCAC